AUGGCGCUCGCUCUGGGUGUGCCGCAGGUCUACACCCCGCCUGUUGGCGACCAGCUGCAGAUGGCAAUGGACCCGACUGCACCACGCGUGAAGGUCCUGGCUCCGGGCUGCGAGCUGCGGCUCAUCGUGGAUGACGACAAGCACGCCAGGGUGAAGCUGCUGCCUGAGCAGGUGCCCAACCCACGGCCUGGUCAGCCGGCCGAGACGAGCGCAGAGAUUUUUGGGGCGGAAUUGGUGCCUGGACAGGACUAUCCUUUGUUGGGCGGAUCCCGCACAGCCAUUUACACAUGGCAUGGCUGCAAAGUGCAGGUUUCUGGCCCCACUGUACAGGAGUACGACGCUCCAAAUGUGGUGAUGCGCGACUACUUGUGCUGUGCAGCAGUGCUCGAGCAGCGCCGCAUGCGAGCCGACGAUCUCGGGCUUCCUGCCCCUAGAGUUUUAGUGUGUGGCAGUGCUUUCUCCGGGAAAAGCUCCCUCUGUCAGAUUCUCUGCAACUAUGCAUUGAGACGGGAGCACACUCCGGUCUUUGUCGAGCUAGACACCCGCUACUCCAGCAUUCGCCAGUUGCAGAGCGUCCCGGCUUGCGUCACAGCCAUGACGGUGGAGCACGCUUCUGAUGAGGAGCCCAUGAAUCGCAUCGCCUACUUCUAUGGUCAUCUGGAGUGGAGUGCGAACCCGGAGUGGUAUCAGCGGGUGGUGUCUCAUCUGAGCCGUGUGGUUUCGGCGAAGCUGUCGCAUGCCAGCUCCAGAGAGGGUGCUCGCACGAGCUCCUCGGGGUUAGUCGUCAAUGCGCCUUUCCAACCCACUCCGGAACUUUUACACAAGAUCAUCGAGAUGUUUGAGAUCGAUGUCGUCCUGGUCCUGGACAGCGAAGCCCUUCACGCUGCCCUUUGCAGGAUGUUUGCGGGCUGUCCAAAGAUCAAUGGCGUGCCCAAGGUUGAGGUGGUUCUGCUUCCAAAGGCUGGAGGGGUGGUGCAAGCCGCUUCGAAGCGGAUCCGCUUCAUGCGGGCUCUGAGAGUCCGAGACUACUUCCACGGCGUGAUGAGGGACUUUAGCCCCUUCUCUGUCCUGGUUGACCUCGGUGAUGUACAGCUCGUGCAGAUCGAGACGGCGACACUUUCUGCCUCCAUGCUUCCACUCGGCAAGGAGUCGCAGAAGUCUGUGGACUUCAUUGUCCGACCCUUCAGUGGGCAACCAUCAGACCUGGAGCAUGCGCUGCUGGCAGUGGUUCGCGCGAACAGCAUGAACGAGGUGCUCUUCGCGCCCAUGUGCGGCCUUGUUCUGGUGACGAAGGUCGAAGAUGCAGCGCUGCAGCUACUCUGUCCGGCCCCACCCCCUCUACCUGCGCAGUACCUCGUGGUCGGGGAUGUCAAGAAAUUGAGGUUCCUCGACAUCUGA